AUGCUGGCAGCUAGCUCACCUCGAGCUGAUGAAUCCGGUGAUAGUAGGGAUCCAGUUACACAAGAGACCCCAGUCGCAAGUCGAAGCUUUUCAAAAGGUGAUGAGUCGAAACUACAGACAAUAUAUGAUGGUGCAAACCAUGCUGAACCCGUUGAAUGCAGAGGUACCGAGGAGCUGCAACUGAUAGAACGGGCGACUCCACACACGCCUUUGCUUGAUGAUAGGAAUGGAGAGGCCCCUCAGAGUUGGGAAUCACAUACUAUAAGGAAUGAUAAGGUCGAUAAUCAGGUACAUAAACAUGAGAUAAGGUAUAACAAACGAACACCGAAUUUGGACCGAAUAGCCAAGUUCCUUAAAGGCAAUAGAACUCCGGGAGAUGAUAAUUUUCAACUAAAGUUUGAUGUUUCCGGAGAUGAUGAUACACCUCUAUCGAAAAGACAUGAAGACUCGCCAGUCAAUCGGGGACGCAGAGAAUCUGCGUUCGACCACAGCCUCAAUCAUAGACUUGGCAGGACCAAGUCUACCGGCGGUGAUGGAGUCGUAAUUCGAGACUUCGGGGGCCACGACAGUACUGGAUUUACAGCAGGAACGAACGGUAGUCCGAAAGCUAGAAAUAAAGCUUCAAGCGAUAGACGAAACAGUUUUAACCAUUCAGAUGCACAAUCUUCUUUUAUCAAGCCUAGCAGACCUCGGCUUCCGAAUCUGGAGCGUCGUACGGUCUUGAGUGAGGAGGAUGGUUCUCACAUAGGCGGCGUAAAGGAAACUGGCGAAUUAUCCAAAGAGCAAAAAGAUGAAACUGGAAGGAGUAUAGUAGGAUUAUCUGGAGCUGAUGAGACAAGCAAGGAACUGCAAAAUGCUGCCGCUAGCCAUCUGCAGGAAGACAGGACAGUGGAUUAUUCGCACAUUGACGAUACGACUGAAGGUAUACCAGAAAUGUGGGUAUUGCGGCCCAAUGAUUCGGAUGUGUUCAACAGCAACAAGUCGACACAGGUCAUCAAUACCACAGAUACACAAGUUUAUACUAAAGAAAGCCCCAAUAGAGCAAAUGAGGAUAGGGAAAUAUCGUUCAUAAAAGAGCCAGUCGAGGUUCCGAGCCAAGUCAUCGCCUCCCAGAAUGAUACAGUUCCUCGUAAGAAGGAGGCAAAUAUUGGUAGCAUGAGCCAUGAGUUUGGUGUUUCGACUCAAAUUAUCCAAUCGCCGGAGGAGAUUUUGUCCAACAGUCUAGAAACUCCUAAAACUUUUCCAAAAAUCAACUUUGAACCAAUAAUGGAGGUUCCGGAGACGAGCUCUCCAUCCAAAUCAAGAGAAAUUGGAUUGGAAGGAAACUCGUCUCCUAGCCCAAGAGACUGGGAUAGGAAAAGAACCUCUAUUGCUACACAAAUCGAUGAUUCUACGGAAAGGGUGCGCCUGCAGAUCUCUAGCAAAGCUGAAUCUCCUCCAAGUAAUGAUGAAAACAGCCAAGCAGAAGCUCCAACCGCUAGCCCUGAUACUGUUGUAGUCUUGAGUGAUAUUGAAGUGACCCAGGAGCUCCCAGAGAUAGAGGAAGAUGCGGCACAGGCAAAAUCGAGCUUACUUGGGAACACAUACGGAGAGCAGAAAUGUGAUGAUGAUCAGGUCAUCACAAGUAGAAAGCGACGUGAGGCUGAAACUGUAGAGUUGAUCGUGGAACAAGAAAAUCGAAGCUCUAAAACGUCGCCUACGAAGAAAGUUCGCCCCAGUCCAAAAAUAAGGCGAGAUGAAUCAGAAGCUGGGUCAAGAGCCGAUAAGGAACAUUUGACAAGGGAAAGCCAGACUUCAAGGCCUCCAGAACCAAUUCAGGACCAUAAUUACAACAGUGAUCGAAUAAUGUCAAAGUUGCCUACCGAUAUAAGAUAUUCAGAUGAAGAAUACCUCAGCAAGAAUGAUAUCAGAUUCGAAGAUGCUGUCUGGUGCCAAUAUAGCCUAGACUAUCGAUACUAUCCCGGUCGCAUAGCGGGCUAUGAGGAAGAGUCUGAAAGCUACUGGGUUUACUUUGAAACAGGGAAAUCUUUAACGAAGAGCGAAGACAUAUAUUAUCUUGAUAUAAGAGUUGGUGAUAUCGUUACUUUUGGAGGGAAAAAAUAUCAAGUCGUUGGGCUGGAAUCUAGGGAUAAUAAUGAGGACGCGAUUAGGUGCAUUAGAGGCUAUGAUACCGUUCAUCUCAAACGAAGAAAAAAAACUGGUAGUUUGGGUCAAAAAACUAUUAUUAAACCGUUGGCUUCAGCAAGUCUGGAUUUGACUGAGUGGACUAAAAGACCAAAGAUAAUCUUGGAUAAUGGGUUUCACACAAAGGCCAAGGCUUACCAGGCUCUGCAACAUCCAAUUCGUGGCCGGAAAAGUAACGCAACGUCUUCCCCUCGUAAAGUUAAAAGCACUACUCGCAAGGAACAAUCCACACGACCAGUCUAUAAGGAAGAAUCGGAUGAAGAAACCAAUUUAGUUCGAGAGAAGAACUCUCAGGCUGAACACAGCUCUCUUGAUUUGGUUCCAAGUUGGUUAAACAUCUCAGAGCAGAAAAACAAUGAAAGCUGCAAAGUCUUUGAAAAUUGUCUUUUCGUCCUGACGGGACUCAACGAGGAUAGACAGCAACUUUGUGAUGUGAUAGAGUCCCAAGGGGGCGAAAUUCUACAGAUAGGCUUCUCAGAACUUUUUGAGUAUGAACUGCAAGAGCACAAUGAGACGGGAUGUAUUCUCUAUGCCCUGCAACUUGAAUGGAGAAGAAAAUUCGUGGAGAAAAAAUACAGGUUUGCUUGUCUGAUUACGCGAAGACAUCUGCGAAGUCUGAAGUAUCUAGAAGCUUUGGCCCUAGGCUGGCCAACUUUGCAUUGGAAGUUCAUUCGAGCAUGCCUGCAAAGAGGCAGGAUUUGCGUUGAAUCCAUUCACCAAUUUCUUCUGCCUUCAGGAGAAAGUUAUCGCUUGUCGUUUGAACCUAGCACCAAAAAUGGCAUAAUCAAGUCAAACAACAUCUACCAAUUCUACUCGAAACUAUUGCAAGGACACAUGCUCGAAGCACAAGUACAUGCGAUGCGGGAACAAAUGGACGAUUACGUGGUUAUUCUCUACGGCCGAUCGGAGUUGGACCACUUCAUAAGAUUUGCGCUAGCUUGCCUGGGGGUUGCAAAACUCUAUCAUAUCCAGGGACGAGCCACUACCACUUUUCAGGAGGAAGUGCAGCAAAUAAAUGGGAAGCUCGCGGACCUCCAAAAAGAAAAUGAUAAUUUAAAGGUGGUGAUAUAUGUUAACAGGAGCAGUAGUAUUUCAAGCGCUCUGUUGGAGGAUAUGAGACAACAAAUUUCUUUGGAAUAUCGAGAUAUUACCGCUAACGGCUUUGAAUUUCAUGUGGAAGCAAAAGAAUGGUUAAUUCAGACCAUCAUAAAUGGUGCAGCCGGCUUUAAUGAAUAA